GUGUUGUUUUGGCCCGGCCGUAGUGAGUUUCUUUAUGUGUACCAUUUAAUUCUGCAUGUUUUCAUAUAUAAUACAUGAUGAUUAUGCUGAGUUUAUGGCUGAAAGCUUGUUAUAUUCAAUAGCGACAUUUGAAAUUUGGCGCGCGUGGCGAUCUCGGAUACGGCGCAGGGCACUGUUUUGGCCCGGCCGUAGUGAGUUUCUUUAUGUGCACCAUUUAAUUCUGCAUGUUUUCAUAUAUAAUACAUGAUGAUUAUGUUGAGUUUAUGGCUGAAAGCUUGUUAUAUUCAAUAGCGACAUUUGAAAUUUAGCGCGCGCGGCGAUCUCGGACACAGCAGAGGGCGCUGUUUUGGCCCGGCCGUAGUGAGUUUCUUUAUGUGCACCAUGUAAUUCUGCAUGUUUUCAUAUAUAAUACAUGAUGAUUAUGCUGAGUUUAUGGCUGAAAGCUUGUUAUAUUCAAUAGCGACAUUUGAAAUUUGGCGCGCGUGGCGAUCUCGGAUAUGGCACAGGGCGCUGUUUUGGCCCGGCCGUAAUGAGUUUCUUUAUGUGCACCAUUUAAUUCUGCAUGUUUUCAUAUAUAAUACAUGAUGAUUAUGUUGAGUUUAUGGCUGAAAGCUUGUUAUAUUCAAUAGCGACAUUUGAAAUUUAGCGCGCGCGGCGAUCUCGGACACAGCAGAGGGCGCUGUUUUGGCCCGGCCGUAGUGAGUUUCUUUAUGUGCACCAUGUAAUUCUGCAUGUUUUCAUAUAUAAUACAUGAUGAUUAUGUUGAGUUUAUGGCUGAAAGCUUGUCAUAUUCAAUAGCGACAUUUGAAAUUUAGCGCGCGUGGCGAUCUCGGAUACAGUGCGGGGUGUUGUUUUGGCCUGGCCGUAGUGAGUUUCUUUAUGUGUACCAUUUAACCCUUUAUCGGGCAAGUGACUGUCAACAGUCACUUAAAACGGCCAUCUUCUCGGCCUCCUCGUAUAUAUCCGUUAACUCCAAGCUGAUGUGUUCUGGGCGUCAGCCAAUCACAAAACACUCUUCUAUGUUGUGACUCAUGAAGCAGACGGAAUCCUUUGUUUUUAUUGGCUGGGCAGCAAGACAAACACGGCAGUGUGUGAUCGGCUUCGAGACGUGGUGCAUCUAACGUUGAGUGCUCUCCACUCAUCUCGUCUCUGCAUACUACAGAAUGUCGAUCAGCCUCACUUCAUUUUACGGUCAAAACCGCAAAGUCAUUGUACCAACCAACCCUGCUGGUAGUGAUGAUGACCAAGAGCUUGACCUAUCUGCUGAUGAUGACGCUGACCCUGACUUCGAGCCUGUGCUAUCCCAGGAUUCUUCCAGUGAAGAUGAACUCAGGCCUAGCCACCAGCUCAAGCGUCAGAAAGCUUCUUCUCAAACAAGGAACCUUGCAAUAGCUGAUGUGGAAGAUGACUCUGGAGAGGAUGGAAGCGAUCAAGAAAACACCACUUCAGCUUCAUCACCGUCAUGGGAAAAAAUGAUAUAUACCCACCUCCUCUUCCCGAGAAGCCAUACCCACAGCCUGAUCAUAUCUCUACACCAUAUGAAUAUUUCCUGAAGCUUUUUCCCUUAGAAGUCAUAGAUCAUAUUGUUUACCAAACAAAUUUGUAUGUGAAACAAAUAGACAUAAACACGUCAUUUGCCACUAACAGGGAUGAAAUUAUGAACUUCAUAGGCAUACUCUUGUAUAUGGGAGUUUGUGAAUUACCAUCUUUGGAGGAUUACUGGGCAAAUGAGACAAGAGUCCCCCAAGUAGCUAAUGUGAUGUCAUCCAAACAAUUCAAAUACCUGAGAAGACAUAUACAUUUCAAUGAUAAUGAGUUUGCUGAGGAGUCAGAUGACAGGUUUUAUAAGAUCAGACCAAUGUUUAACUUCAUUAGAAAAACAUUUCAGCAAGUUCCUCCUUCUACCAAACAAUCCAUUGAUGAAGUUAUGGUAGGUUAUAAAGGCACAAGAGCAGGAAAUCUCAGACAGUAUAUCAAAUCUAAGCCAACCAAGUGGGGUUUCAAACUCUACUGUCGUGCCAGUGAUGAUGGUUUUAUACAUGACAUUAUUUUGUAUCAAGGGGGAACUACAUUCACUGCACACCCAGUUUCCCUUACACAAGCUGAGAGUAGUGAAAAGAUAAACACUAAGGUUGUUUUGACCCUUGCUAAAACAAUCACCAGCAAUACUACUAGUUCUAUAUAUGCAGACAACUUUUUCACCAGCCUACAUCUAGCCAAUAUGCUCAAGAAGCAUUAUAACUGUAGGUACACAGGCACUGCAAGGGAGAAUAGAGUUGGGAGACCUCCACUUAUGUCACCUAAAGAUAUGGGAAACACUAAAACCAAAAGAGGUUGUUUUGACUAUUGUUCAAGUAAUGGGAUAUUAGUAGUAAGGUGGAAGGACAAUAAGGUUGUGACACUAGUAACAAAUGACAAAGGUGUCUUCCCACUGAAGAAGAUACAGCGGUACAUCAAGGAAAAGAAGAAGGAGGAGGUGGACUGUCCCCUUGUUGUGUCAGAGUACAAUGCUCAUAUGGGGGGGAUUGAUAAGAGUAACAUGCUUGUACAGCUUUACAGGACUCCAAUGAAGUCAAAGAGAUACUAUCUAAGGCUCUUUGCCUAUGUCUUGGACCUAUGCUCUGUUAAUUCCUGGCUCCUUUACAAGAGAGAUUGUGAGGCACUGAAGACUCAAUUCAUGUCUCUCAAGAAAUUCAGGCUAGCAGUGUCUAGCUUCACAAGGUGUACCAAACCAACUCUUGGUCGAGUUUUGAGGAACUCAGACUCCUCAAGCUCAGCUCCUGACUUUGAAAUGCCUGUUGCAGUCAGGGGACAAAGAGUCACCAUCCCAGAAGACUGCAUUAAACUGGACAGCAGGAAAUUUCAUUUCCCUAUGUAAGUUGACAGGCAAACCUGCAAGCACUGUAGCAGAAAGGGUAACAUCAUAUGAUCACACAUAGCCUGCUCUGUUUGCAAAGUAAACCUAUGUCUAAAGCAGACCAAUAACUGCUUUGUAGACUUUCAUCAAGCUAAAUAGAUUUCACUAAACAGUCUAAUGAAUCAUGUAGGUGAAGUAAUGGGUUUGUGGAAAGCAUUUCA